GAGCAGCAGCCGUCCAAGAAGAUGUGAUAGGUUGUGAUGAUCAGCCAGAAAGCAGAAUAACCAGGGAUCACGAGACGAGUCGGAAGCGGCGAGGCAGUUGCAGCGAGCGAGUGGAGGACCAGCAAGUGGCUGCGCAUGCGGGACUAUGCGGCCACGCUGAGUGGCGGCGAGCAGCUGCCGGUAGCUCCAUGAGCUGCGCCGCACCACGACAGCUUUCCGCGACACGGCCGGCCUCGCCCCUCUUCACCAAUGACGGUGAUGCUCCUGCAGCACUCUGCCCUCCGACACUACAAGCUGCCCUCUCCUCCGCCGCCACGAAUGACGAAGCCCGCCCCGGACGCCUCCAUAUACUGUAGCGACUACCAGACGAGGAACAACAACAACAACAACGGUAACAAGCAGAAACGAACGCACCACAAGCUGUCGCUGCACCCGCAACAGCAGCAGGGCUGCAAGACGACUGCGAUGCGCUACUACCGUCUAUGGAUCUACACGUGCAAUGCCGUGCUGUUGGUGAGCGUGCUAGGAUUCGCCAUCGUGGCGGGCAGAAUCGUGGUGGCCGACCCCCGGCGGUACCUCGUGCCGGGCCUGUCCCUGUACCAGCCCAGCUUCCUCUACGCCUACCUGGCCCUGGCGACGCAGAGCGGCCUCCUGCAGCUGGUCGGCUGUUUGGGCGCGCUACGCCUCAACGAGCGGCUGCUCAACGUGUACUGGCUGCUCCUCCUGGUGCUCCUCUUCGGCGACGCUAUCGUCGGCGUCGUGUGGGUAUUUCGCUUCGACAAGAUCUGCGCCGACUUGCGCCCCACGCUGAAGCAGCGGCUGGCGGCGGAGUACGGCGUCGACCGCGACUUCACGGCGCUGUGGGACGCGCUCCAGAGGGACUACCGCUGCUGUGGCGUCGACGGCGCCCAAGACUACGCGGCGGUGGCCAACCGCAGCGCAGGGGCCACCGUCUCGGCGUCGGCGGGGUCUACGGCGCCGACGGCAGCUGCUACCGCCAACGUGACCUCGUUGGGCGGCCCCACUACGGCUGCUACUGUCGUCGGGUCGACGACGACGGCUGCCGCCGCGCCGGACGUCGGAAAGCCGGAGUGGCUGUGGAACGACCACGCCCACCGCCAGCACGACAGCGGAGGGCACGACAUCGUACCGGAGAGCUGCUGCCGAUUCCUCGGUGCCACUUCGGAGAGACACGCCAGUACCGCAGGCUCGUCCCCGAUGGCGCCAGACUCUGAAAUGGACGCCAAUCGCGUUCCGAUCGAGGCCAGCCAGCGGGGGGCCACCCUCGGUCCCAACCAGAAGAACGCCCACCCUUGCGGCAGCGCACCGGCCGUGCCGCCCUUCCGCGGAUCCGGCACGGCGUCUGCCACCGUUACGGGCGCGCAGCCGCACUACCACACCACCGGUUGCGAGGCGCGCCUACUCCUCUGGCUGCGCCAGAGCGCGGACAUCCUGUUCGUCCUCGGGUACUGUGUCAUCGCCUUCCUCAAGCUGUGCUUCCUCGGCAUCCUGCGGUACGAGAUCCGCGAGAUGAUCCAGAAGAUCAAGAUCCUGCAGGGCGAGAUGCGGCCGCCACCUCUGCUGCUGACGGAGCUGGGCGGCGGCGCCUCCGCCGCCAACAACGGCGACCUGAUGGGUGGCGCCGGGGGCGUGGGCGGCGGCGGCGGCGGCGGCGGCGGAGGCGCGGGAGGCGGCGUCCGGCAGCCUCCGGACAGUCUGCAGGCGACGCCGCUGCACGCCGCCGCUCUCUCCCACCGGCACCUCAGCAUGCUCAAUAACGACGGCACCGACUCCGACACCAACAGCAACUGCGCCCUCAUCAUCUCGGAGGACGUCGGCGCGGGCAAACCCGUCAGCAGCGGUCCUCGGCGCGGCUGCGGCUCCAACGGCAACAACAACUACGAGAUCCACGAGCUGCAGGAGCUCAACAGGCUGCUCUCCAGGCACCAGACACAGAUCUGACUAAGGUCGUUGCUGCUGUGGUGCUUCCCUCUCCGGGGAAGGCACUUCUAAGUUCGGCGUCGAAGCUCCUACACCGCAGCCCCUCCCCUCGCUUGACAGCUUUGCUUCUAUGCUUGGAGAUCAAACACGUGCGGUUAAUUUGUCCCGUGUGUUUGCCACUAUAGGACACGUUAGCACGUGACACUUUUUAACAAAAAAGUGUAAUAUCGCAAAGAAACAGACUAUGGGUAGUGCAGUGUACGUAUAAAAACACACAUAGACAGCCACUUAGCUGUCCGACAAUUGUGAACAAAACCGUCUCCUAGAUGAAAUAGAGCCAGUGUGGACAAUUUCUGAAUCAUGUGAUCGAAUAUGUGCUAAUCAAAAACACCAAUCAAUCUAAAUUAAUCGAUGGUCUCUGCAUCUCAAACAAAAAUUUAUGAGCUAUGUUUACUUUAGAAAUGUCUGUACCUAACUUGUUCAUCGUCACCGUUAUUUUCAUUGAAUAAUCUAACUCACAGGUACGGCAAAUACAUCCUUAGUAUAUCUCGAGCAUAUCUUUAAAAAAAUGUCUGUAGCAGCAAAUUAUCAGUUAGUCUCAAGCGGAACGAAACGACCAAACGUCUGACAUCUGUCCCAUAUCAUAAUAUUGACAUCAAUAUUGUGCACGAGUGCGUCUUCAACGAUUCAGCAUCAACCAUCAUAUUUAUUACAACUCUGUGCCUCCCCGGGACUCGAAUCCGGUUAUUUUCCGCGGUCAGUGCUUUCCAGUGUGUGGCAGCAUGAGCAUCUAACGACCAAUAUAGAAAUCUAUGCGAUCCUUUCUCCCUGAGUCAACCCUGAAGAAAGGAUUUCAGGAAGAACGAAUGCUGAACGGCCUACGUAUUGAUAAGUGCCCUGUACCUCUCCUAAGAGACAUCAUCUGCCUUUCCUCUCGCAUUUAUCACAAUUACAGUUUACCCUGAUGUUUUAUUCUGUAAUGUGUAAGUUAUUCAGCUCAAAAAGACCGCUCAUUGAGUAUUUCAAGGUAUGCCGACCGUCAACGGUAAAUGUUUUAGUUUAAACUCUACAUUAAAUGU